AUGGAAGACCUCGAUAUUGCCGCGAAUGUCAUCGCGGUGAUAGACCUGUCCGCCAAAGUCGCUGACUGGUGUGUCGAAUACUGCAAGGCCGUCAAGAAUGCUAAGGAUGACAUUGUCCGACUCCGCCUGGAAGUUGUCGGGCUCCAGAGCGCCGCGAAUGCCGUCAAGGAUCUGCUCAUUGGACCAAACGGGGAGAGACUAAAAGCAUCGCAACAGUUAUGCAACUCCGUCCGUCACUCCGAAUCGGAACUGCAAGCGGUGUAUGAGCGGCUUCGCCCAAGGUCGGCACGCGAGAUAUUUGCCCGGCUUGGACUUCCCACUCUUACGUGGCCGUUCAAAAGCAAGGAAGUCGAAAAGAUCGUGCAAAACAUUAUGCGAUGCACGCAGGUGAUCAAUCUUGCACUACAAGUCGAUCAGACAAACAUGCUUUCCGAUCUCGACCGGAGGGCUGUGCUCGCUCGACUCGAGACUGAAGUAGCCAAGGGUGCUUCGUUUGACUCUCGCGCUCAGGAACAUCACCCGACAUGCCUUCGGGAAACCCGUGUUGACCUCCUGCAACAAGUGUCAAUGUGGGCCCAUGAUCCUAGUGCCGAGACUGUCUUUUGGCUCGACGGUAUGGCCGGCACUGGGAAAUCCACCAUAGCUCGGACUGUCGCCCGCGAUCUAGCCCACAACAAUCGUCUUGGCGCCAGCUUCUUCUUCAAGAGAGGCGAGACUGAUCGGACCAGCAUGUCGAAGGUCUUCCCUACCAUCGCAGCUGACUUGGUGAAGAACAUACCGACGAUUGCUCCUCACGUAAAGGACGCCAUCGAAACAGAUCCCGGUAUCUUAAGGAAGACGGCAUGUGAGCAGUUUGGCAAGCUUGUCUGGCAGCCGCUUUCAAUGAUUGCCUCUGAUUCGUCGAGCCCAAUACCCGUCGUCGUCCUCGACGCACUGGAUGAGUCGCUUGUGGCAUCGAGCUCCGAUGAUGGAUUGAUACGGAUCUGGCGCACGGCUACGGGUGAGUGCGUACAGAUAAUGAAGAUCCAUAGCUCUGCGGCCACGUCGGUUGCGUUCUCGCGCGACUCAAUGCACGUCGCAUCGGGCUCCUGGGACAACAUGGUCCGGCUCUGGCGUGUAGACACGGGCGAAUGUGUGCAGGCAUUUGAGGGCCACGGUAGUGUGGUCUCGUCAGUAGCCUUCUCACACGACUCGACGCUUAUAGCUUCAGGCUCUGACGACAAGACGAUCAGGCUGUGGCUGGUGGCCAUGGGCGUGUGCGUCCAGACACUUGAAGGCCAUGGCAGCUCGGUCAUGUCUGUGUCCUUCUCGCACGACUCUGCACUCGUGGCAUCGGGCUGCUACGACAGGACAAUUCGGAUGUGGCGCACGGCCACGGGCGAGUGCAUCCAGACACUUGAAGGCCAUGGCAGCUCGGUCACGUCUGUGUCCUUCUCACACGACUCUGCGCUUGUGGCAUCGGGCUGCUACAACGGGACAAUUCGGAUGUGGCACACAGCCACGGGCGAGUGCAUCCAGACACUUGAGAGCCAUGGCGACUCGACCACCUCGGUGUUCUCCUUGUCGCAUGACUGGGUCACCUCGCUGUCCUUCUCGCAUGACUCAGCGUUCGUGGCAUCGGGCUCCAGGGACAAGAUGGUCCGGCUCUGGCGUGUAGACACAGGCGAGUGUGAGCAGGCAUUUGAGGGCCACGGUAGUGUGGUCUCGUCAGUAGCCUUCUCGCACGACUCGACGCUUAUAGCAUCGGGCUCCUGGGACAACACGAUCCGGCUCUGGCGUGUGUCUGCGAGCGAGUGCUCGCAGACGCUUGAGGAUCAUGACGACCGGGUUAGGUCAGUAGUCUUCUCGCACGACUCGGCGUUCGUGGCAUCGGGCUCCAAUGAUAUGACGAUCCUGGUCUGGAACACAGUUACCGGUGAAUGCGUGCAGACGCUUGAGGGCCAUGAGGAUGUCGUUACGUCGGUCGCCUUCUCGCAUGAUUCGGCGCUGAUAGCAUCGGGCUCCGAUGAUACGACGAUCCGGGUGUGGGACACAGCCACGGGUGAGUGCGUACUGACGCUUGAGGGCCAUGAGGACUUCGUAUUUUCGGUGGCCUUCUCGCACGAUUCGGCGCUCAUUGCAUCGGGCUCAGGAUCAAUCCGAAUUUGGCGCACAGCCACGGGCGAGUGCGUGCAGGAGCUUAAGUGCUGUAAUACGCCAGUCUCGCAAGUCUUUUCGGUGGCCUUCUCGCACGACUCGGCGCUCGUCGCAUCUGGCUCCAAGACGAUCAGACUCUGGAACGUAGCCACCGGCGAAUGUUUGCAAACGUUCGAGGGACACAAGCAGUCGUCCGUCCUGGCGGUCGCAUUUUCGUCGGAUUCGGCGCUCGUGGCCUCAGCGUCUUACGCGACGAUUCAGCUCUGGCGCAUGGCCACGGGCGAGCGCGUUCAAACACUCGAUGCAGACUUUUCUACUGUUGGAGGUGAUAGGCCAAGCUUCCGAAAGACGGAGGCUUUGCCGAAAGACCGGGCUUACCGCAAGUUUACCCAACGCCGGGGCUUUCUCAAGACGAUCCUUCCCUUGACAGACGAGUUCAACGAUAUUCUGUCUGACAUCUUCAACCCGGAUCCAGAACUCAGAAUUACGAUUCCAAAGCUCCGGGCCAGGAGUAUGGAGUGUGCCAAGUUCACGGUGCCCGCCGCAGGAAUUACGUCUCUGCCCUCAAGUGCACCACACACCCCCUCGUGA